AUGAAGUCCCUGGAAGCUGUGGGCUACCAGGCGAGUCCACAGGUGACAGCUUGCUGCGAAUCGACCAGAUCCCGGGUCUGUGAACAGGCAUUUGUGGACCUUGCAUCAGCAGAAGAAGCACCAGGCCUGUCUGGGCAUCCCUCUGCAAACUUGGCGCAAAUAUGCCCACCAAUCGCGUUCCUGCAGGAUGAAUGCUGUUUGCCCUCAGAUAAGGCUUCACCGCUCACCACCCGGCAUACUCUGGAGGCAACCGAAUAUCGGGAUUCUCUCUCCAACCAACACACUGAGAGCCGCUCUAAGCUGACUGCUCGGCAGUACGCCGUCUCCUCUCUGUCCUGCCUUUUGGGCAUGAACGAUCGAUGUGCAGUCGUCUCAGCCCACCUUAGUCCCCCAAACCCUUCACCCCCAGUCUACACACACGCCUCCCGUGAUCCAUCUGUCCCUCAUUCCGACAACCACUACCAAUCCCUUGGCCAGUGCGACGGUGUUAACGUUCAACAACAGCAGGGCAAACGCGACUCGCAGAAUUCAAGUAAGUUGGCUGGCUCAAAAAAUCAGCAUAGUACCGAUCGGAUGACUAUCAGGCUCAGUUAG